AGGAUCCCAUACUCCUCCCACCAUCACGCACACGUACACUUCCUCUCGUAUUUCUUCUUACUCUGGAGUAGUCGGUAGUCGAUCGAUCAGUCAGAGAGUUGGUAGUGUUUCAUUUGCAAAUUCGUUUAAUUCAAGAUGGUGGUGAACAAGAGUAGUGCUACCGGCGAUGUAGGAGGAGGAGAGAUGGUGGUGUUAGGCUCCACGCCGGGGGAUUAUCAUGGUGUGGACGUGGGUGCUGUUGUCCCUCCGAUUGAUCAUCUGUUGCAGGUGGCGGGAGGAGGAGACACGGGCAACAAGGGGCGUGUGCUGGUGGAAGGGUUCCCGGUGUUGGAGCCGCCGUCGGACGAAGAAGCGGCCGCGGAGAGGCGGGCCCAAGUGGCGGCGCUGCUCGCCUCCUUCGGGCACCACCUCCGCGAGAGGACCGCACACCAUCUGGGGUACCCAUACAAUCUGGACUUCGAUUUCAGCCCACUAACGCAGUUCCAAAGCUUCUCCAUCAACAACCUGGGCGACCCUUUCAUCGAGAGCAACUACGGCGUGCACUCGAGGCAGUUCGAAGUCGCAGUGCUAGAUUGGUUCGCUCGCCUCUGGGAGCUCAAGCAAGACGAGUAUUGGGGCUACAUCACCAAUUGCGGAACCGAGGGGAACCUGCAUGGCCUAUUAGUCGGGAGAGAGCUUUUUCCUGAUGGGAUCAUGUACGCAUCUCAUGAAUCACAUUACUCCGUCUUCAAGGCAGCUAGAAUGUACAGGGUCGAAUGUGUCAAAAUUGACACCCUGGUUUCUGGGGAGAUGGACUGUGCAGAUUUCAAGUCCAAGCUGCUGAUGAACCCCGGGUGCCCUGCGAUUGUCAAUGUGAAUAUAGGGACCACUGUGAAGGGAGCUAUCGAUGAUCUUGACAAGAUCAUAAGAAUACUUGAAAAGUGUGGGUUUCGAGAUCGGUUCUAUAUCCACUGUGAUGGUGCUCUAGCUGGCCUUAUGAUGCCAUUUAUCAAACAAGCACCAAAGGUGACCUUCGAGAAGCCCAUUGGAAGCGUGAGCAUCUCGGGCCACAAGUUCAUGGGAUGCCCAGUCCCAUGCGGCGUGGUAAUAACCAGACUCGCACACGUAAAAGUGCUUUCUACCGAUAUCGAAUACCUAUCAUCCAGAGACACUACAAUCAUGGGGAGCCGCAACGGGCAUGCUCCGAUAUUCCUGUGGUACACGCUGAACAAGAAGGGUUACAGAGGCUUCCGCAAAGAAGUCCGGAAGUGCUUGAGAAACGCUCAUUACCUUGCAAACCGACUCAGAGAGGAAGGAGUGAGUGCUUCCCUGAACAUGCUGAGUAGCACGGUGGUGUUCGAGAGGCCACGAGAUGUGGCGUUUGUGCACAAGUGGCAGCUCGCUUGCGAGGGCAGUAUAGCGCACGUGGUGGUCAUGCCAAACGUCAGCGUAGAGAAGCUCGAUGGCUUCGUGGAAGAGCUUGUCGCCAAUCGAAGCUGCUGGUAUGAUGGUAAAGGGCAUGACAUACCAUGUGUCGCAAAAGACAUAGGCCAAGACAAUUGCCUCUGCAGUCUGCAUAACACGAAGCAUAAGAAUGUAGAAGAACUGUAGGCCAGACACCUAAAUAUCAGAGUUUAAUGGCACAUAUGGUUCACUUGGCUUGCAUAAAAGAGUUGUUUUACGGUACCCACAAAACUUAUUUGGCUGGGAGUACUAUAGGCAAAAGCAUGGAGCACCUUGAUUUAAAGGGUAAAUUAGUAAUCUGAGCGGAUAAUUAACAUUAGUUAACCCCGCCAAUUACGGAUGUGACGAACAAGAAGCGGCGGAGGCCGGUGACCCUCGGGACCCGGGUGUGGCUUCAUGCGCAGAUGGAAUCUGUAUAUAGGUGCAUCUACGGAGGAAAAUAAGCGCAAUAGAAACGAACAUGCGUAAUUAUAUUGCUAAUUGCAGGAUGCCAGAACUAGAAGUGCAGGGCAAAGCGGUAGCACGGCCUGGUACGAGUUCGACGGGGGGCAGCUGGGAGUCCUCGCAGGCAAUUUGCGCCAAGUUUCCGUGGGCAAAGAUAUGGAGGCGCAUGCGAUGGAGAGGGAGAGAGCGAAAGAAACGUGCGUGAUCAGGAGGCGAGCGGGCGCAUGUACUUACUACUUGAUCGGAAAAUCAGGAGGGGAUAGAUCUAUUCCAAACGUUAAACUUAUUAUAGAUGAAAAGUAGAAAAUACCUUUUCAAAUGGAUGGUUAGAUUUGACUGGUACUCCCUCCUCUAUCUAUGGAGUACCGGGGUUUGGAAAAACUCACGCAUAAAAUUG